AUGGGAGGAGUAACUUCAUCGAUCGCCGCUAAAUUCGCUUUUUUCCCGCCAACACCACCGUCUUACGGUUUGAUUACCACCACCGACGACAGCUCCUCCGUUGACCGAUUGUACAUAACCGAAGUUCCUCGCCGCGACGACGUUGACGUUCUGAAGCUGCGUACUCGUCGUGGCAACGAGAUCGUCGCUAUUUAUGUGAAACACCCGAAAGCUAAUGGUACGCUUUUGUACUCCCAUGGAAACGCCGCCGAUUUGGGUCAGAUGUUUGAGCUUUUCGUCGAGCUUAGCAAUCGCCUCCGCGUCAAUCUCAUGGGGUAUGAUUACUCUGGUUAUGGUCAAUCUACUGGAAAGGCAAGUGAAUAUAAUACAUACGCUGAUAUAGAUGCAACGUAUAACUGCCUCAAGGAACAGUAUGGCGUAAAAGAUGAACAGCUGAUAUUAUAUGGUCAGUCUGUUGGUUCUGGACCUACGAUUGAUCUUGCUUCACGCACGCCUAACUUAAGAGGCGUGGUUUUGCACAGCCCUAUUCUCUCUGGGAUGAGAGUUUUGUAUCCGGUUAAACGAACAUAUUGGUUCGACAUUUACAAGAAUAUUGACAAGAUCGCUGCAGUGACCUGUCCUGUAUUAGUAAUCCAUGGAACUGCAGAUGAAGUAGUUGAUUGGUCACAUGGGAAGCAACUUUGGGAACUCUCUAAAGAAAAAUAUGAGCCUUUAUGGGUAUCUGGAGGAGGACACUGCAAUUUAGAACUCUAUCCAGAGUUCAUAAAACAUCUGAAGAAGUUUGUGGUAUCAGUUUCCAAACCAAAGGGAGCAAGAAACGGCUCGACGGCGAAGACAGCUGCAACGGAUGCAACCAAAAAACAGAGCAAGACUUCAGAGAACGGUCGUGCCGAAACGUUUCAACUCGGCUGCUGCCUUCCGGAAGUUUCUAGGAACAGCGUUGACAGUCAGCUUGAGAAAUCUAAGAAGGCUAGUAAACCGGAGAAGUCUCGGAUGAGCGUUGAUAGGUUUAGAAGGAAAAAAGGUCUGGUCUGGUGA